AUUCACUUACACACAUAAGCCGGUAGUUAGUUAGACCCCUAGACUUACCCCAAUGAACGCCCAGUUUAUGGAUAAAACGAAUCUCUACCUGUAAAUGCAUAACGUUAUCAGGCGAAUUUCCCAAUCAGAAACCCAAGCUCCCGAGGUGGGCUGAAUACCAGACACCAGCACCAACUCCACCACACACCCAGAGUCAUGCUGUCGAGGUUAGCCCAGCAAAGGGCGACUGCCCAAGCCCUGUUGCGGCGGAGGAUACUCUCGGCUGCUAGACAAACAGCCGACACUCCCGCAGCCCGACACCUUCAAAAACGCACUCUCAUCUCAGCACCCAAACCCGGCGAUGGGCCGUUGUUGGAGCGUCGACCCGACCGGGAACUGCCUAGCCUCGAACAAACCACUUUCCGCUGGUCACGAACCCUGCCUCUCUUCGCGGCCGUCAUCGCGCUCGCCUCGGUGGCCAUCUUCAACUACCAGAAAUCUUCCAGCCCCGUCGUCGGCGCGACCCUCUACGCCCUGCGCACGUCCGACAAGGCGCGCGCCUACCUGGGUGACGACAUCUACUUUGCGCAGCAGAUCCCUUGGAUUUCGGGCGAGAUGAACCAGCUGCACGGCCGCAUCAACAUCAGCUUCCGCGUCAAGGGGACGCGGGCUGGCGGGGUGAUGCGCUUCGCCAGUUACCGGCCCAGCCCGCGGGGCAUGUUUGAGACGACCGAGUGGAGUUUGGAGACGGACGACGGGGUCGUGAUCGAUCUGCUCGAGGACGGGGAUCCGUUUAGGAGUAUUGUGGGCGGUGCGGUAGAUGAUUUGGACGAGGACGAGGUGCCCGCGGCCGCGACGACGAGGGGGUUCAGGCAGAUGAAGAAGUAGAACCGAGAGAGAGACUCUACGCCUUACUGUACAUUUGAUUGUAUGUCUGUAUGAUAUGAUACAAGAGAGACGACGCGAGAAAAAACAAGCAUACAACAACACCACCUAGAACUCAGCCGGCGCGCGUUCUGCCAUGUCCUCCCGCGCGCUGGCCGCAAUGAUCUGCUCAAUCGCAUUCGCUUGCUCCUCAGUC